AUGGGUGGCGGCAUUCAUAUUUCUCCAUACGAGGCUUCUUGGCGGAGAAUGACGCUGACUCUUCGGGGGCUAUUCCUCAACGCCCAACAGCUGGAAUCUGCAGCAGGUCUUCCGGGCAGCGACAAUCGCCGUUCUUGA